ACAAAAUCCAGUGCUGUCCUUUGUUGUAGUUGAGAAACUUUCUAUUGCUUUCCUCGCCUUUCCUCUGUUUUGUAGCCUGGAACCUUAUCCGUUUCCGUAAGAGAGAAGGUGAUUGUCACUUCGUGAGGACUUCUAACGGGAGCGAGAACCUGCAUGAUCAGCUAUUUCUCAACAUGAAGCUACUGUUUUAAUCAUCGAGAGGAUCGUAUGAGUUAAUGUUCAGUCCAAGAGGAGCGACUCACUCUGAGAGUAACGGACAUGAACAGUGCUGCUGUUUUGAAUGUUUCGAAGCUCUGUCUAGGAACCAUGACUUUCGGGGAACAAAAUUCUUAUGAAGAUGCUCGCGAGCAGCUAAACUUUGCAAGAGAAUCCGGAAUCAAUUUUUUCGACGUUGCCGAGAUGUAUCCAGUUCCUCAGCGAGCCGAGUCUCAAGGUAAAUCAGAAAUAUAUCUUGGACGAUGGUUAAAAGAAGCACAAGUGUCUCGGGAACGAGUUCUGGUGGCAACAAAGGCCACCGGACCCUCGGGUCAAAUGACAUGGAUUCGCGGAGGCCCUACAUCCCUUGAUUCCAAAAACAUUGAACAAGCUAUCGAUGGGAGUUUGAAGCGCCUAGGCUGUGAUUACAUUGACCUAUAUCAACUUCACUGGCCCGAUAGGUAUGUACCUAUGUUUGGUGACAUUGAUUAUGAUCCGACGGCCAGUUACGCACCGGUGCCAAUCGAAGAGCAGCUUGAGGCACUUAGCAGAGCCAAAGAGGCAGGAAAGAUUAUUCAUGUUGGUGUGAGCAAUGAAACCGCAUACGGUGUCAUGGAGUUCUGCCGGUUGGCGGAUUCGAAGUCGCCACUUCCUCGUAUUGUUUCUAUACAGAAUGCGUAUAAUCUUCUCUGUCGGACCUUCGAUUCUACAUUAGCAGAAUGCUGUCACCACCACCAUGUAAGGUUGUUGGCGUACAGCCCUCUUGCCAUGGGUUUGCUCUCUGGGAAAUACCUUACCCCUGAAAGGGGUCCGAAAGACGCACGUCUCAACCUUUACAGAGGGCGCUAUGCAGAGGCCGAAUCCCGAUAUAGUUUUUCAAAGCCAAACUGUAUACCAGCUGUGACUACACAUCUGAUGGCUUUUGUGAAAGCGUUGGUUUCGCUGCUAUUUGCCACUAUGCGCUCUGCCUCCGAGCUUAUGUGGAUAUCGCCAGAAGACACGGUAUCAGUCCAGUAGCCUUAGCGAUAGGCUUUGUCUUGCGGAACCCUCUCAUAAUGAGUACUGUAAUUGGAGCGACGAAGCUAUGGCAGCUCAAGGAGAUAGUAGAAGCUUCUGAGGUUAAGCUGACCGCAGAAGUGCUUUCAGAAAUCAACUCUGUCCAUGAACGGUAUCCCAAUCCUACACCGUAAUAUAAUUCGAGAAGUUGCAUUUACUACCGCUCACAUUAUUCACCUAGCAUUUGGAAGAUUGAGUCUUCAUGAUCAGUCCCUGAGAUUGUCAAAUUUGAAGUAAGUUUUUCUUUAGGUGAAAUUUUCUAACUGUAGGAUGAAUCUUUUGUUACAAGUGGAGAAAGCGGAAAUCUUCAUGUUUGAAAACCACAAUGGUUCUGGCGAAAAGAAAACACGGGAAUUGAAGCUCUCUUUCAGCAGAGUCGAACUUACCUGUAAGGCAAAUGUACCUGGUACCUAAACCGAGGGAUAACGCUUGAAAUUUGUCUGGGAAGAAU